CACCACAAUCUCUCUGCAGUGAGCGAUGAUGAAAGCAAACCAGAAACCGAAACCACACGCGCCGCCGCGUCCUCUCUUCUCAUGUGGCUUCUUCCGCCGCUGCACACAAUCCGUCCUCAGUCCAACCUCUCCUCACCAGCAACAACCUCGCCGUAAACCCACCACCACAUCAUCCUCCUCUUCUUCCUCCUCAACCUCAACUUCCCAAAGCUUCACACAAUGGCGCUUCCCUCAUCACCUUGAUCAAACUCCAUCCACCGCUCCUCCACCUCCUCCACCACCUCCACCUCCGCCUCUUCCGGUAACCACCACUCUCCAAGAAACCUUCCAGAUCGCAGAGCUUCACCUCACAUCCGUCUCUGAAUCCGACAAGCUCCUCGCUCUUCAGCUACUCGAGCGUGUCGUCGUACCCGACCCGCCUUCUGAUCCGACUUGUCCACCGGGUCUCAUGCGAUGCCUCGUCUCUUGCCUUCGUAGCAACAACAAGAUCGUAACCGCCAAAUACGUCACCAAGAUCCUCCUCGCUCUCUGCCUCGCCGAAGGAAACCGCCACGUGGCAGUCGAGGCUGGAGCCGCACGAGCGGUGGUGGAAACAGCGGCGGGGCUAGAGAUCUCAGCCGUGGAACGAGCCUUAGCUGCGUUAGAGCUCAUGUGCACGACUGCGGAAGGAGCGGCGGAGGUUCGUGGUCACGCGAUGACGGUGCCGGCAAUGGUGGCGGUGAUGGCGAGACUAGCAGGGAGGGGAAGAGAAUACGCUAUAAGCAUACUUUCCAUAGUCUACGGGAAAGGAGGCGGAGGGGGAGAUUCCGGCGAGGAGAUCGCGGUGGCGCCGGCGGAAGAGGUGGCUCGGGCGGUGGCGUUGGCGCUGGAAGGAGAGUGUACGGCGAGGGGAAGAAGAAAAGGGGCCCAACUAUUGAAGACACUAGAGGAAUAUGGACGGUUGGAUCUGAGUCAGAAUGGGACAUGAGAAAAUGAAAUCUAACGGUGGAGAUUAUGUCAGAUGAAAAAUAAUAAAUCUGAAAGCUAGUU